CAUUGGCACUCCCCGCCCGCCGGGCGACUUUUCUGCUAGCGAGUUUCGCCUUCGUGCCGAUCGCUUGGCUUCACAGAUUCAUCUCCUCGCCUACAAUCCGCCACGUGUACUGCACAGUAACAGGGCUGCUUCUAUCGGCGUUCGUCUUCGGAUGGACUGCCGAAGCGCAUUUCCUCGCGUGCAUCCUCUACGCCAUAGCCGUCAUGCGCCUGUUCCGGAGGCAAUGCGGCGUCCUCACACUCCUGGGAACAUUCGCCUAUUUGAUCGGAUGCCACAUCAUCAUGCGCACUCAUGAAACCCGCAUGGAGGGCGUGCUCGACUGCACCGGCGCGCUCACCGUCCUAGCUACAAAGCUCACCGCCGUCGCGUAUAACUACCAGGACGGCCUCAUGCUUCUCAAGGACAAGGACCGAGGCACAAAGGCGAAAGACGAGCAGGAGAGGAAAGAACUGGCCGAGGAGCAGAGGCGGCGCGAGGAGCGGAUGGAGCGUUCACGAUUGGAGCGGCGAAAGGCAGCGCUGGUAACCAUACCUCCGCUGGUGGAGCUGAUGGGGUACCUCUUCUGCUUCGGGCUGCACAUGACCGGCCCGUUCUUCGAAUUCAAGGCGUACGAUGACUGGACCCGGCGACAAGGGAUCUGGUCCCCCACGCUCACGCAGCCGUCCGCCAUCCCGCCCUUCUUCCGCGCGUUCGUCCAGGGCGUUCUCUCCGCGCUCGUCUUCCUGCUAGUGUCCCCUUCCCUCGACCUCACGCGCAUCAGCGACCCCCUCAAGAACCGCGCCUACCCCUUCCACCUGCGCUGGCUCUUCGCGUACCAGGCCUGCAUCGUGUGGCGCUUCCGCGCCUACAUCCUCUGGAGCAUCACUGAAGCCGCCAUGGUGAGCUGCUUUGACUUCGCCACCACGUGGAACAUCAGCUACGGGCUGUGGCUGAGACUCUAUGUGUAUGACCGCAUGGUCCCCCCUGGCAGGAAGGCCAACUUCUUCCACAUGCUCGCCACCAUGUUCGUCAGCGCCGUCUCCCAUGGCCUGAAUUGGGGCGACUUCAUUGCCUUUGCUCACUGGGCGCUUCUUGUUGCCAGCUCUAAAGCCAUCUACCAGCUCACCAGCGGUAUACCCAAGGGUACCAUCGCCCACAGCAUUGUGGCAGUGCUGCACUCCCUCUAUGGCAUCGUUGUGUCCAGCUACAUGGCCAGCGCCUUCUGCGUCAUGACUCUAUCAGGGGCAUACUCGGCCUACAGUGGCAUGUACUACACCGGAACAAUCAUUCCGACUCUUCUUAUUGUUUUGUCAAUGGUAAACAAGCCCCAUUGGCCAAAGCAUGUCAAGACAGAAUAAGAUGGGAGAAGCUUCACAUGGCAGACCCAUGUUUAGACAGGCUUGAAGCAUAGUUGUUGCAAGGUAGAAGCAUGGUUUGACAAGGUGGAAGCAAAAUCAAGUAGGCACAAGCAC